AUGAUUAGGAGUGCUUGCAAACCUUCGCUCAUCGACGCAAUUUCAGUCCAGAUUUCUUCUGUUGUUCGUGAAUGCCUAGCAUUUCCACUGAAAUUAGUCACACCCGGUUCACACAACCCCACAGGUGCUACUCAGUGUCAUAAUACCCAGUCUCUGCCUCCCAACUUCCCCCCAUUGCCGUCUCCCCCAGGUACAACCCACUCACCCUCCCCCGCCUGCCUCCCAGGUACACCCCCAUCACUCCCCCAGUUACAACCCCCAUUCACUCCCCCCCCCUGCGCUCUCCCCCAGGUACAACUCCCGCGGCUUCGACCUGAACCGCAACUUCCCCGACUACUUCAAGCAGAACAACAAGCGGUCGCAGCCAGAAGCAGAAGCGGUGAAGCAGUGGGUGUCCAAGAUCCAUUCGUGCUCUCGGCCAACCUGCACGCGGCGCCCUCGUGGCCUCGUACCCCUUCGACAACUCGCCCAACACCAUCUUCCAACAGUUCACCUCCACGCCCUCGCUCACGCCCGACCACGACGUGUUCAAGCACAUCGCCAGCCUCUACGCCUUCAACCACGCCUCCAUGCACCUCGGCCUCCCCUGCAAGCCCGGCGCGCCCACCUUCGCCAACGGCACCACCAACGGAGCCGCCUGGUAACCCGCUCACCGGUGGCAUGCAGGACUACAACUACGUCUGGCACGGUUGCAUGGACAUCACCAUUGAAAUGUCAUGCUGCAAAUACCCUCCUGCCGAUGACCUUCCCAAAUUCUGGGAGGACAACAAGAAGGCCCUAGUGCGGUACCUGGGCGAGGUGCACCGCGGCGUCCGGGGCUUCGUGAAGGACGAGCGGAACGCCCCGGUGGAGGGUGCCUCGCUCAAGAUCAAAGGGCGCGACGUCGGCUUCCAGACCACCAAGUACGGGGAGUACUGGCGCGUCCUGCUCCCCGGCCGCUACGCCAUCGAGGUGUACGCAGAGGGCUUCGAACCCCGGGAGGAGGAGUUCGAUGUCGUGGAGACGAAUCCGACGCUGCUGAACCUCACCUUGUACAAGGCCGUGCCCGGCCCGACCGCCUUGCCCUCGCGGCCGCAGCAGCAGAUGCCUGAGACGACAGCUGGGCACCGCAUCGACCAGCAGCGGCGCCCCGUGUACGUGGGCGGCCCGAGCCAGCAGCAGGGCGCCGCCCCUCAGCCCCAGGGCGGGAUAGGCGGCUUCCUGUCGUCCAUCGGCGACAGUCUAUCCAACGUGUUCAGCAUGUUCGGCUGAGGCGGAGCGAGGGCUGGGACGGGCGCGGCUGGCCACUGCUGAAGAAGGAGCAGGCCGAAGCCCCGGCAGGCCCCGAUACCUCGUUUUAUUUAUGUAUUUUCUAUUUAUAUUGUUGCUGUUAUCCGUUCGUAAAGGAAGACCAAUAAUGACAAUAGUAAGAAUAAUGAGUGCAUGAGGACAUUUCACGAAGAAACCCACCUGAAGUAACGGUCUCCUCCUUGCUAACCUUACUCAGGUGCCAUGCAGACAUAUGCACAAAAGAACCAAAUAGAUUAAUGAUGACAAGUAAAUAAUUACAAAAAAAAAAAAAUUAAAACCCUCUCUUUUAAGAUUCUUUUUUUUUUUUGGUACGAAAGCGUAUGGGCGUAGCUUUUUAGGCAUCCAAAGACACUGUUUUCGAGUGACUUCGUCGUAGGUUAGGCAUUCCCUUCCUGGAGCGAGUGGCAUUAGCUCGGUCAGUCGGUGUUCUUUUCCUUCGGUGGUCCAAUGUUGAAGAGGAAAAGCCAGCCACCACUUUUAUCUAUGUGAUUCCUUGAUUACCUGAUAGUGAUUAUAUAUAUACAUAUAUACAUACCAUAUAUAUAUUAAUAUAUUUUGAAUUGUUACUAUUUAUUUUAUUAUUACGCUUGUUACUACAGAUCGCACCCGACCGUAGGUUUUAAGGUAGUUUGUAAAUGUUAUAUGAAAUGUGCGAUGUCUCGUUGAUUUUUUUCUUUUUUAAUAUUCCGAGUUGACAGAAUUCCAAGAUGCAUUCGCGGUCGUAAUGUUGCAGAACGGCAUCGUAUGUGUAGUGCGAUUGUUGCACUUAAAACAAUAUUUGUGAAACACAGAAAGAAAGAAUACCACUAAAAGAACGACAUUUGAUAAGGAAACCUGAUUAAAAAAAAAAAUCAAAAUACAUUUCUCAGCAUUUCGAAUUUAACAAAAAGUCAGUCAAAGUCACAUGAAUAGGAAUAUAAAUGAAAUAUGAAGAUUUUCCUCAAUGUAGAGUCGAUCUGCGCAUUGCGACCGUCUUCUGGUAGCCAGUGAAGGUGCGGCCGCGGGAACACAGGCGAAGACACCUACUAUGCACACGUUUUAGCUAACAAGAGUGUUCACGUCACUGUUAUGAUGUUAUUUGCCCAUUAUAUGUAUAGAGGACUCGGUUAUUUUCAUAUCAUUUCUUAUUGUUGAUGGAUGACACGUUGUUCAUUCUCGUGUGAACUUUUGUGAGCACUGUGAUGAGGCAGAUUCCGAGCGAUAUAUUGUGCAUCUGUUUGAGGCGGUCGAAGAGGGAGCUGCGGCCAUUUGCCGGGAGAAACUAAACAUUAAGUUGAUGAGGAAUAAUAUGUAAAAAUUCUUUAAACAUUCUGGAUUUCAGAACACUGCAUAACAAGCUCUAUUUUGCCUCGAUUUAAAAAAAAUGAAAAUAUAUUGUAAAACUCCCAUUUUCCCGACCUCAUCUGAUGGCGGUAUGUCCUGCGGCGCCAGUCCUUCGAGGGAAACCCGACUCGAUGUAGUUUUGAAAUACACAUAUAUAAUAAUGAUAUGGGGAAUGUUGUCACAGCCCAUGGGAGGAACGCUUAACUUCUAUAGCAUUUGUUAGUCUAUUUUUUUCCCUCUGAAAGACUGGCGCGCUGUUCUAAGAAAAAAAAAAAAAAAAGUUUCAACGGAUUCUCGCCUCCACGAAUUUUUGUAGCGUUUCUUGAUUGACCAACCCACGUCUGCCUGCCAUUAAUUGCCUUGUUUGUAGUGAUAGAGAGACACGUCCCGAGCCCGCAGAAACACAAAGGUUCCUUGGGAGAAGCUUCAACCGGGACUGCGAGGAAGUCGUCUUCUUUAAGUCAUCCAUUGUUAGGGGAUACAGACUUAUUUUUGUUCAUUUUAUUUUUUAUUUUUGGAAGGGGAGGGAAAGGGGUGUAUUGAAUUAUACCUUUUUUUUAAAGAAUGUCAUAACACAACUGUUAAUGACCUGUUAAGCUAGAUAAUAACGUGAGUUGUUGUUAUUAUUAUAGAUCAUUAAUACCUUAUACAUAAGCCAUGAUCAGGUGAUAUGAUAUCAUCAGUGGUAUGAUGUCAUAUAUCGUAGUCCUUAGCAUAUUAGCACUCGAAACUCCACCCUUUUGACAGUGUAGUGACAACGGUUGUCAGGUAACAGUAUAGAGUUGUUUCGAGACAAACGCAGAGUGAGAGAGCGGCCAUUUUUUUCUCCAUUUUUUAGGCUCGUCGUCCUUGCCUGUCUCAGUGUCUCCUUUCUGUGAUCCGAUAAAAUGUCAUGUCUUUCUCAUAGUUACCCACCUUGUACAAUCUGCCUAAAGUAAUUGUAAUGAUAAUAGUAAUAAUUAUAAUAAUGAUAAUAAUAAAUAAUGAAUAAUAUUAAUGACAAUUUUAAAAUAAAAGGUUAAAAUAAACAUAAAGUAACGCUAAUGAUGAUAGUGAUAAUGAUAAUAAUAACGAUAAUAAUAAUGAAGCAGAAUAAAUAAGAGAUAAAAUAAAUCUUUAAAAAAAAACAUUUAGUACCUGUCUUUAUAAGAAUCCGUCAUAACGUUUUUCAAGGUUAACGUCAGAAAAUUUUCCCGCGGUUGGUUGUAAGUUAAACGUUUUUCUUUCCUUCUCUUUUUCUUUCCUUCUUUUUUGUGGAUUACAUGAAAUGGGAUCAUUAUAUUGAGAAAAUAUAUAUACACAAAAAAAAACAUUGUAUUGUGCGAAUUCUUUCCAAACUAUCAAUAAAGAAUCGAAAUAA